AUGAGGCAAACACAGCUGCCAUACUUGCAAACGAAUGAAUCAUUUGAAGAAAAACAACUUUCAUCGCAAUCAUUCACGACAUUUGAAUUUGAAUUAUUCGAUCGAAUCAUUCCUAAGAUUCCUGUCAAUGCACGAUUCAAACAGAAUGUUGAGACUGUUGCAGGUAGUAAAUGCAGCGGCAAUGCUCCCAAUCAACUCUGGGCCCCUUAUGGUCUCUUCGUUGAUGGCGAUCAAACAAUAGUCAUCGCUGACUGGGGGAAUGACCGUAUCGUCCAAUGGAAGAUGGGUGAUACGAAUGGACAAGUCGUAGCUGGUGGCAAUUACAGAGGAAGUCGAUUGAAUCAAUUGAAUGAUCCAACUGAUGUGCUAAUCGACAAAGAGACCGAUAGUCUCAUUAUCUGCGAUUAUAGGAAUCGACGAAUCGUACGAUGGUCUCGUCGUAGUGGCACCAAACAAGGAGAAAUCCUCAUCGGCAAUGUCGAUUGUUGGGGAUUGGCCAUGGAUGAUCAGAGAUAUCUCUACGUCUCUGACUACAGAAAAAAUGAAGUAAGACGAUAUCAAUUGGGCGAGAAGAAUGGCACUGUCGUAGCUGGUGGUAAUGGUGAGGGCGCUGGUCUCAAUCAACUCAACUCCCCGACAUAUCUCUUUGUCGAUCGAGACCAGGCUGUCUACGUGUCAGACAAAUCUAAUAAUCGUGUGAUGAAAUGGAAUAAAGGUGCAACAGAAGGAAUUGUCGUCGCUGGAGGUCAAGGCCAUGGGAAUGCUCUGACACAAUUGUUUUGUCCUAAUGGACUCUUCGUCAAUACCUUGGGUACUCUCUAUGUAGCAGACUCUACGAAUCAUCGAGUGAUGCGUUGGCUUAAAGGAGCGAAACAGGGUACUGUUAUUAUGGGUGAAAAUGGUACAGGAGAAGAAGCAAAUCAAUUUGGGUAUCUCAUUGGUUUGUCCUUCGAUCAUCGUGGCAAUAUUUAUGUCGCCGAUACGAGUAAUCAUCAUGUUGAACGUUUUUCGAUUGAAUAA